AGGCAGCGGGGCCGCCGGUGCCGCCGCGCUCCGCCGCCCCCAGCAGCUGCUUGCAUUUCCUCGGGAGAGGCGCUCAGCAGAAUAACUAAUGCAUUCAGUCUGGGAGGUGCAGCAUGCCGAGAGCAGGCUCCGGCUGCAGCCCGCAGCAUCAGGGUGAAACAACUCAUCUGCCCUAGCGUGUUAGAGGAUGCUUAAAUGACAGCCCGAUUAGACCACACCAUGGAGAAGACAGAUGCAAAUGGCCAGCCACUCAAACCUGACGGCGAAAGGGAGCAGCCCCGCAGCCACCCCUACUCCCUGGAGACGCCGUAUGGCUUUCAUUUGGACCUGGACUUCCUGAAGUAUGUGGAUGACAUCGAGAAAGGGAACACUAUUAGAAGGGUUCACAUCCACCGGAAAGCCAAGCAGCCGAAAUUCAGCACUCUGCCUCGAAACUUCAGCCUGCCCGAGAACGGCUCCCGUGGGUGCACAUCUGCUCCCAGCAAGAGCUGGACGGCGACUGGCGCCUUCUCACAGCGAAAAGCAUCCCUGGGGGCGGAGGAGAAUCCCUGUCCCCUCCUGCCCAACGAGUUGACCCUUACCGUGGGUGAUGAGCCGAGUUAUCGGAGAAAAGCCCUUUUGGCAGAGACAUGGCGGCAGGCAGAGCUGGGGUGGCAGGAAGGCGAGCUCCGUGGGCGGCCACAGCUACUGCGAGCCUCCAGCAUGCCUGCUGCUCUGCCACCUGGCCAUCCCCCGCAAGGGGACAAGAGGGUGCCCUCGCCCCUCCGGCCACCUUCCCAGCACUACCAUGACCAGAGCGGCUCUGAAAGCACGUUUCAUCCUGCACUGCGUUCGCCCAGCUCCAACGGCAUCGUAUUAAAUGUCCCCAGGGAGAUGAGCUUGGAGCAAGAUGCCUCCUUAGGGCAGAAGGAGCAUCUAGAGGGCGGCAGCCUAGGGCUGGUGCAGAUACAGCCCCCAUGGCAGAGCCAGCAUCCCGCAGCACUUCAGCUGCAGGUGGUGAUGGAGAGCGGAGGUGAGGAGGGCGAUGCCGCCAAUGGUACUGGUUGCUCCACCUUGGCAGGGAGUGAACCAACCUUACCAGGUGUCCUCCUCCAGCUUACAGAGGAGAACAUGAACCCUGGGGAAGGGGAGUUAAGUGUAAGUGCAAUUGCUCCAAAAGUGCUGAAGAAAGUGGAGGAGAGGAGUGUCCAAGCUGGAGAGAACAAAGAGAACUGUGGUGCUCAGCCUCUUGGUGCUGGAGAGCCUGGGGAGGUUGCUACACUGAAGCAGCAGAUUACUGUUCUGGAGGAGCAGCUGAGCAAGAAGAAAGAAGAGCUUGAGCAGAUCAGGGCAGUGGUGGAGCAGCAGGAUCAUGAGAUCAAGGAGAAGGAGAAAAGCAUUAAGUUAUUGGCCAGCUCCAAAGCGCAACUGGAGGAGAAGCUGCGCUGGGAAAACACCAAAGAGGCCAAGCCACUGUCCAGGCAGAGCAGUGCGGCUUUGCAGUACUACAAUGCUGCAGUGAACACUGACCUCUCACAGGUAACCGUGGCCAAGCAAGCCCAUGAUAAAGGCAUCAAUGUAAAUAUCCCAGUCUUCACUAAAUCCAUAGGAUGCUGCGUCUGUAGAGCAGAAAGCAUGAACGCACAGGUGAAGGUGGGUGCUCAGACAGACCAAGGUCUGGCAGAUGCUGGCACUGGUGUCAGUGGAGAAGGACCUGGACGUUUUGGUGAAGCCGACGUUGACGCUGGCCUUCAUGCACUGUGCUGCACCCAGCUGAAGAUUGAUGAGCAUCUCACCGAUGACAAUCAAAAUCACAGGAAUAAUUAUGACACCCAGAGUCUUGCGGCUCACACGGUGACUGCAGAAAGCUGUCAAAGAACAAGAAUUGGCUUGAAUGCAGAAGAAAACAAGGCAGGCUUUGGUGAAGAUAAUCCUCAAGAUAGGUUGGAAGAGGAAGGUCCCCCUGACCACGAGGAUCUCCCUACUGUUGACCCCAUCGGCCAAUAUGUAAAAAAAAUCCAGGAGCUUUUGCAGGAGCAGUGGCUGUGUUUGGAGCACGGCUACCCUGAGUUAGCGAGUGCUAUUAAACAGCCAGCCUCCAAGCUCAGCUCCAUUCAGAACCAAUUAGUUAAUUCCUUAAACUCAUUGUUGUCUGCCUACUCUACACAAGGACCUGUGGAUAAGGAAAAUUCAAACACACACUAUCAACAGUUGGAAAUCUCUCCAACCACAAGUCUUAAAUCUAUCAUGAAAAAGAAAGGCUUCCAUGCAGGAGGCAAUGGGACGAAAAAGAAUCUUCAGUUUGUUGGGGUAAAUGGUGGGCCGUUUGAAACGGAGCCUCUUUUCCUCCUUCUUCAAGCCAGCACUGGUAACCUCUACGAAACGACUUCAAGCGAAGACACAAGUUGCGAAGACAGCCCAUCAGAUGGCGAUGUGGAGAGUGAGAUGGAGAGAAGAGCCAAUGAUUUGGAAAUCACGUUGGUGAAAGCUGGAGGUGAAAGCGAGGGGGCUUCAUCAGGGACCUCCUUGCAGGAGAGGCGUAAGGAUGAUGACGUGGUGGAGCCAUUGGCAGAAGCAGUGCCUUGCACUCAGCAGAAGGCUGACAGAUGCAAGCCGUCUGAAGACUUCCUCGCUGACUGCCAGCUACUCAGCAAGCACCUCUCAGAAAUCAGGACCUCAAAUGACAAGCAUCUGCGGCACGUCCUAAGCAUCGUCUGCCAGGAGUGGUUCCAGGUGUCAAGCCACAAGACUUCUAGCCCGGAGGUGGUUGCAGUGUAUCUCAAGGCUCUGGAGGCCAUCCAGCCCCAGCUCCUGGAGAUGGUGGUGAACCUGGCUGACGGGAACGGCAACACGGCUCUUCACUACAGUGUUUCUCACUCCAACUUCCCAAUUGCAAAGCUCCUGCUAGACACAGGUGUCUGCUGCUUGGACCUGCAGAACCGUGCCGGCUACACGGCGGUGAUGCUCACCCCCCUGGCAACUGCUGAAACAGGGGAGGAUAUGGAAGUGGUGAUGAAGCUGCUGAAGGAGGGGGAUGUCAACCUUCGAGCUGCCCAGGGAGGCCAGACUGCCCUGAUGCUGGGGGUCAGCCAUGAGCGGGAUGACAUGGUGCGAGCCCUCCUCUCCUGCCAGGCAGACGUCAACCUGCAGGAUGAGGAGGGGAUGACAGCCCUGAUGUUGGCCUGCCAGCUGGGCAACACUGACAUCGUCAGACUCCUCUUGGCCCAGCCUGGCUGCAACGUUGCGCUGACGGACAAGAGCGGUAACUCAGCCCUGUCGCUGGCCCAGCAUGCUGCCUGUGGGGACAUCGUAGCGCUCCUGCGAGCCCAUGCUGAGUAGAGCCCGUCCCUCUCUGCGUGACCAAGUGGGAAGAAGAAACCAAGAUGGGGAGUGAGGUGCAAACAACUCCUUCUUGUAAUGGCCCUGCUGCCCGCCUCAGUGGCUGGGGCCAAUAUCGUGGGUUUCCAUAUGUACAGGGGAUGAACCCUGUCAGUUAUCUCAUAUGUUCCCUGUGUCUAAUUCUCUUCAUUAAGCCUGCUUACAGUCCUCUAAUCUAUACACAUUGCCACAAAUGACUCCAAGCUCUCCUAUGCACUUCUCCCAGUGUAGAUCUGACAGGUGAGCAAACGAAACAAAGGAGAAAAGCACAUUAGAAAAGCAAUACUUAAUCUUUUGUAACCUUAGAUUAUGGUUGUCCUUUUAAUCGACUACUUAACUGUAGCUCAUCUAACCUGUAAGUUUGUGUCCUAAUAUUUAUUAUUAGCUCUCCUGUAUGUAACAGCAGGCAGUGACUAUUCAGUAUAUGUAACAACAAACACAAGUUGGAUGGAUUAUGUGAAGUAUAAAAUCCUAUUUAUGUUUGCUUAUGUGGUUCUGAUGUAAGAAUUAAAAACUAAUGCUCUAGGAAAAUAUUUGAGUAUACCAGACCUAAACACACAGACAUUGUUUUGCCUCUAUUUGGAAUUACCAAAUAGAUUUUUUUUCUGAUUUAAGUUUGAGCUGACGGGAAAGCACAGCCCAUUGACAUACAUCAGCACAUGCAAUGCUCAUGCAUACCAGUGUGGAUCAGGUUAUCUUGAGGACAGCAGUAGAAGAUCACAACAAUUUCCCAUCCCCAAAUGUGUUAAUGAUGUCCACGAAUUUCAUGGAGCAACUUUGCUGGCAAAUGCCUUUUGGGCAAGUGUCUGCUCUCUGCUUUCCGUGUGCUCAAUGUUCAGAUGCCCAAACUACUCACAUGUAAAGCCAUGCCAUGAUUUAGCUGCCUCCAUCACCAUGGGGCACCCACAGAUCAGUCCAGCAUCACCUCAUACCAUACACAGGGAAGAGGUUUUUUUCUCUUGAAUCCUUCUGCCACUGACAGAGAGGGAGAGUGGGCUCAGAAUGUACUUUUCCAAACAUCUUUAUGCUGUCACUAAGUUGUUGCUUACUGGGAAAUGCCAUUUCAUGAAGCUGUGCUGCAUCUCUGUAAGCUUUGGUGGACCUGGAUGCCAUUACCAGUUAUACUGGUGCAUAUUACAUGACUGUAAACCCAGAUCUAUUUGCUGUCACUAAUAGCAAAUCUUCCUUGUUAGCUAAUUAGUUUCAUUCUUUUGUUAUUAACCAAAAGUUAAUCCUGGACUAUUAUGGUUGCUUGCAAGUCAGUGCACAUCAUGAUGGAGUCUCUCCUGGUCUGUCUUUCCCCCUUCCUUUGUAUCUGCAAGAUGCAGCAAAGCCAUUGCUGUAUCCCUGUCCUCACACCUGUAAUGCUCCCACUGCUUUGCAGGGAGUGUGGGACAGACCUUGUCCUCUGUUUUCCUCUGGAAUUUGCUGUCUGCUCUGUUUCUUUCCUUUCUUCAUGUUUCCGGUCAGAAGCAUCCAUCAUCUCAAAUGUCUCU